GAGAUUAAUUUCGCCGUUCCAAACCGAAAUUGUCUUGAAGGUACGGAUGUAUCAAAGGAACUGUCAAAUGUCAAGCCUCGAAUUAUUCAUGAAAUGAUAAAAGUAGUGCAUGAUGAUGGAUCGCUGAUGCAAACAUACAAAGUGUGUUUUGAUGGUAAGAAGGUGAACACCGGCAUUGACAGUGGUGAUAUGGGAGAUAUCAAUUUGUGGGGAUACGAAUGUCCUCCGACAUUAUCACAAAGACAAACGGCUCUAAAUGAUGACCUGAAACUUGUUCAAGAAUUUGAGACCAUCGUUUUAUCAUGUGAAUGUAGGGAAUUGUCUAGUUUAACUGAUUCACCGGAGGAUAUAAAAGAAAAUAUCGUCACAAAUGCUCAAAAGGUGAUUACAACUCUUAGCCAUCGGUUGAAAGAACUAAGACCUAUCAAAACUAAAAAAGUUAUAUCCUUGGAAAAGCUGAAAAAAAUGUGUAUCAAUGACACAACAAAAAAUAAGUAUUCAUUUGCAAUAAGUGCUGUCAAAACAUACAUAUACCGGCUGGAAUCCUGUUUUGCCCGAACACUGAACCUUAUUGACAAUUUGGGACGCAUAGUUGCCAUUCUACAUAAUGUUUCUUCACUAUAUUGCUCCGGCAGGGUGUGUGACCUAGGAAGUCAAAGCAACUAUCAGUGUUUAUCGGGAAUAAACAAACCAAAUAUCACAAAAAUGGAGUUGAAAUCGGCCGACACAUCCAAAAUUCACCAACGAACAGAUACUUGGUUCAAGGCUCGUUCAUUCGCACGUGUGACUGGGAGUACAUGUUUUGAUGCUCUUGGAUUAGGUGGUCUAAAGAAACAGAAGCAGCAUUUUGAAUAUGUGUUCAAAUCUGUGCCAAAGCCGUCUCCUUCUCCAGAAGUCGCCAGCUUCAUGAAACAUGGAUCUGACAACGAAAUAAAUACCAUCGCAACACUAGUGUCAAAAGUCAUGCCUUUACAUGAUUAA